UCAGUUUAGCUCGAGUUCGGCGCGCGGCCGGUUCGUUUUCGUCGCGCGCGCGCGCGCCUCUCUCUCUCUACCUUUUCUUUCAUGAGAUCGAACGCCAACGCUAUACGAUAAUCCUCGCCGGCCGAAAGUGUCCAAGAAUUUAUCACGUAAUCGUACCCGGCGUACAGUACAAACAUCGAGAAAAACGAAGAGCGGAUUAACGAUUCGAAAGUAAUCAAUUGAGUGAUACAUUUUAUUAGAUCGUGAAACGAGUUAAUCCUGCGAUUCUAAUAUUGACUGGACAAACUUGUAUAAAAGAUGAAAUAAUAGUUCUCUCGAAUUAUUGGAUUCGUAUUAGAUCGAAGGGAAACUCGUUUAUGUCGCUCGAUGGUGGUACGAAGGCACGCGCGAGUAGUUAAUUAGUUAUCGUCUUAAUUAGACCGGUUCGGUGAUUUAUCGUUCGAACCCAUUGAUCGAGGGUUUCGGUCAUUUGGUUGUUUCGUUCGUUAUAUGGCAAUUAAUUUUGAGGUUAAUUAGAACGAGAUUGCUUAUGUGGUAAAGAAUGAGAUGGUGAAACUAAUCGAAAAGUUUUCUUUUCUUUUUCGUUCUUUUUUCGCAAUGUCGUUAUAUUGCGCAUCGUCAUCUUAUAGCGUCGAAUUUGAUCGAUAAAAUUUCGCGUCCUUUCGACCUCCGAUAGAUAAUAUACAUGUAUAACGUACGUACAUAAAUAAAUAAAUAAAUAAAUAUUAACAUGUUUGAUCUCGAGUAGAAAAAAAGGAAGAAGAAAACAGUGCGUAGCAGGUCGUGUAAAAGGAAAAUAAGAGUAAGAAAAAUUCGAGGAAUUUCGAAGGGCAAAACAGCCCUCUCGAUCCAAAGGACAUGUCGCGACUCGAGUGUCGAUAAACAGUACGCAUUUCGGUGCUUGUGUGGUCCCAUUUGUGAGAUUGGUGAGAUCGGUAGUGAACUGUGGUUAACGCUGUUAAUUCUUUACGAAGACGAAUCGAAAACUUCUCGACGCCUGCACUAAUUCAUCAGUGACUCCCUAAGCUCCGUAUCAAGAAAGAAAGGGUUCCUUUUUUGUACUCAUGUUGGGAGUGCUCAAGCGGCGCUGGAAGCCUUCGAAAAGGGCUUCCAGUGGCCGCGGAACUGAUUCGCCCCUUAACUCAGACUUGGCACUGGACAAACCUCGGCCAAUACCGUCCCCCCGACAAAUCCACCCUCUCUACGGAGAGAAGGCCGGGCUCUUGGGCUAUUGCGAUACCGUCGGUAACACAGAAAACUUUCCACCAGCCCCCAAUAUUGUCGUAGAGGGUGGAAGAAUAGAAUUCGUGCGCCCCUCGCAAGAUGGCACGACGAUAUCACGAAGAAACACGAUGUCCCGAGGGUCACAAACUUUCAACGAUCAAUCGGAAAAGUCUGAUCCUGCGAAGGAGAGCCUCGAGGAGCGAGUUCACGAAUUGGAACGGGCGCUGCAAGCGGAACGACUCGUCUCUCAACGAGAUCGCGCAACGAUCACGAAACUUCAACGACAAAUUAACAAGAGGGAGGCUACACAACGAGAUGUGGAACGAGAACGACGACAACGAUUGGAGGCUGAAGCUCGGCUACGCGAAGCUACGGCUGAAGCAGAACGAGCACGAUCAAGGGUACAUCAUCUUCAAAGGGAAUUGGCCAGGAUGGAAGAAUCAUCCCGUGGAUUGUUGCAACACAAGCAAAGGGCCGAACAGUUGAAGCAAGAAAAGACUGCGCUCACACUAUCCUACGAGGCACGGGUUCAUCAGUACCAGGUUCAGAUCUCAAAGUUACAAUUGGAGAACGAGUCGAUGCGCGGUCAAUUGCGUGGCUUGGAGGCUGCGUGCGCUGGGGAGGUGCAUGCUGCAUUGGUAGCACGUUUGGCGACCUUGGAAAGUGAACACGCAGCCCUGGCACGUGACGCCGACGCUCAGCGUCGCCAGUACGAGCGGUGUCUCGACGACGUCGCCAACCAGGUGGUCCGCGCCCUUCUAUCUCAAAAGGGUUUCAGGGAAGAGAUCGGUGCGCUACAAAGGCGCAUACGAGAACUCGAAGCUCAAAAUCGAGCUCUCUCGGGUCUUCUGGCUCAAGCAGCGAGUCCCGGAAGUCCUACUGAACUGAUUCAAAAUAUACUCGAAGCUGGACCGGCCGCUUUAGUAGCUGCUCUUAGCCUGGAUCCAUCCUGGGUUCCUCUUUCCAGACCACGUUCCCUUAAUCUACAAAUACCCGUAAUGGCGGCUGCGACAAAAUGUCGACGAAACAGACCCACUCUAGGUCAGAAACCUUCAACAGGUUCGGGAACAGCGUCAAAUGGUACGGCAGGUGCCACGGAAGAGGAAGGUAGCGAGAGUCCUGAAAGUGGUAACAGGGAUGAAGGUUAUUCGACGAUGUCGAGCGAUGUUCAAGGCGAAGGUGCUCGUCAAGAACCUUCAUCACGUGGAUUAGAAGACCUCAAAGAGGCAACCGAUGAGACUGAAGGCGACGUUUCUCCGGAUGCACGUUUAAUCGCACUUGAUGCUGGUGAUCCAGAUGUCCUCUUCCUACCUCUCAAUUUAACGCUAGGAAUUAACCCACGGCAUAGUUAUCCACCGAGCAAAGACCUUCUACCCUAUCAGCACGUGAUGCGCAGCUUCUCGGACAGUCAUCUUUGCUUGAAACUCACAGCAACGAGCAAUUUCACGCCGUACAAAUUACCGAGCCCCAUGGGAUCCUCCUCCCUUCUUCUCGUCGAAGAAGAGGGCUGGGAUGCCGAGUACGUACAGCAAUGGCUCAGAUUGGACGAUAGCAGAAGCGCUCAACAGCAUCGAGAUUUACUCGAGUUGGAAUACGAUAGGGCGGAAUUGGAAGACUGGAGUUUUUCGUUGUCGACGGAGGACCUCGUUCAAACAGAAUCUACAGCGUGGAAAGAAUCGAAUGCUUGUACCGCUAUGCCUGCACUCCCUGCCAUCAAAGAACACAAUCCUUUGGAACUCGAAGAGGAUGCGAACGAAUGUCUAUGGAAUGGUGCCAGCUACCUCGCCGAUAGAGCAGGGGGUGAAUUGGUCGCUCUGUUGAUGGAUACGAGGACUGCCGGACCUUGGCCGUAUGCUUCGAGCCCUGGUGCUUCAUGGAGUAGCGAGGAAGGAGUUUUAGAAAAUUCGAGUAAAAGAUCAUCGGCGGCUCUCUCCGGUUGUAGCGACGAUCCUGACUCACCCUCGAUCGGCACCGAUUUCACCAGGGACUUUUACAGAUUGGUCAAAUUCGAAAGUACCAAAAGUCUCGCGAGUACUUCCUCGAGAAGUGGUAAACCACCAACUGACAGGGAACAAGCCCUACAAAGUGUCCUAUCCUUCAUAGCUGAGCAACAAAUGUAUUUGGCAGAAUUACCGAAUAAUUCUUCGGAACAAAACGAUAUCCCUGGGCCGACCCAUUCGAUUGAAGAAAAUCCUGGAAAUAGAAGCGAAUGUGCCGUCGAAGGUUCUUCCAUUGGUACAGAAAGAUCUCCAUCGUCGCAAGAAAGUGCUAAUUCGGAAAAUAUACUUGAAGUGAACAACGAGGACGAUCCGCUCGAACAAAUAGCAGUACCUCCUUUGCCAACCGAAGAUAGAAUGCUUGGUGUUGUAGGGUCUAGCACUUUAGUAGGUGCUGUAGGUUAUACAACUGUAGCACCCACCGAAUUAGGUGCUGUUCCCGAAGAAGACGAGGAAGCGGCUACUUCUUCGACCCCUAGCACGGUUGUUAGCCCCGCGAGAGCACCUCUAUUGGUCGAAGGUAGGGACAGAUCUUUGAGCUUCCACGAGCGAGCAACGUCGAAGGACGUUAUCGACGAAUUAAAUCGAAUGAUUAGAAAAGGCGAAGAUAGUUCGGUCAAUCAAGAUCCUCAGGUUGCGCUCGAAAAAUUGGAUCUUGCUUGCUGCUGCCCAACUGGUUGGGUUCACGUUGAACGUGAUAUCGACUUCACAGAUCCUAAGGCCAGAGCAAACCUUCUAGACGUGAUGUUGGCAAGUAGCGAAAGUUCUUCGGCGACCUCGAGCAGUGGUUCCGCAGGUAGUGAUUCCGGAGAUGAACCACCGGAUUACCGACAUUUGCACAGGUUACAUCGGUACCGACGACAAAAGAAAGCAUCAGCGGCACAGGCACAACGCGUCCUAAGACCUUCCACUUGGGGAACUUCGAGGCCGUCCAUAAUCGACCGCGGGGAGGACUUUUUCGUGAGGUAUGGCGAAAAGGAACGCGAGGCAGUGGCCUCCUUUGAUUUUCUCGACGAAAUGGUCCCAUCGUCCUCAGCCUGCUCGGACAUCGCUUCCGAGCACGGUUCCGACAACAAAAUGGAUGCCAUCGAGCAGGACAACAAAAUACUCAUCUCGACUACCCAAACGAGAACGACGACGACGAUGACGACGACGAUAAUUACUACUUCGAAUCCUCUUGAAAUCGACGAAACAACACGACCCACCGAACAACAACAACAUUCGCUCUAGAACCAGAUACGACUUUUCCACUUUUCUAUACGCUUUAUGACGCGAGAAAACGAGAGAGGUGCCGCAUACUUUUUAUCAAAUUAUCCUUUCAAACUGCGCACCUCGCAUCGUGCCUAGUCCAACGAGUUGCUGGGAUACAGAGAGGAAUGAAAGGGAAAGAACGAUAGGACCAACCUACGUAUGAUGUUUUAUGUAUGUAUGUAUGUAUGUAUGUAUGUAUGUAUGUAUGUAUGUAUGUAUGUAUGUAUGUAUGUAUGUAUGUAUGUAUGUAUGUAUACACGUAUGUACGAAUGUAUAUUCUUUCCAAUUGGGUCCGCGCUGUUUUUUUUUUUUAUUUUUUUUAGAGACAAAAACAAAACGAAACACGAUUGCUAUGUGUAUUUGUUGUGAAAAACUAUCCGGAGCUAGCUCCUCGUCAUCGUUUACAUAUGUAACUGGAAGCGUCGCAUCCUCCUGCUACGUACGAAUAAUUUUUCCUUAUCGUUCGUAAAGGGAAAAAAAAAGAGGAGACGGGAGGAGGGAUGAGUGGAAGGAUAAAAUGGGAAAGGGAAAAUGAGGAAAAAAAUAAUUACGAAAAAAAUAAAAAACCAAUAUAUGUGAAAAAAAUACACGUAUAUAACGUACCUAUUAGAAGCGUUUAGAGAACGCGUUGAUAAGGAAAUACACGGUAGGAUAUCUCCCGAUAGAUUUAAACUAUGUCGCUAAUAUUAUUCAGGCCAACUAAGUCGGCAUAUUGAUAGAUGGAUGGAUGGUUUUCUUCGAGAAAGAAGAAAAUUAAAGCGACGAAAGUAGAAAUUUCCAACGAUACGUAUAUGUGUGUACGAUAAUCAAUAGGAAUAAGAAAACGAAAAUCAAAGUUUCUAUCGAUAAUAAGAAAACGAGUCCUUGUAAUUGUAGUCGCCGUUCCAAGUAAGUACCUACAAAUCGUUCAAACGAUUUACAAAGUUCGAUUCGAAAUACAUACCUACAAUACGAUUUACGAACGCGAAUUUACGAACUGCUCGAAAGAGAACCAUUAGAGCGCUGUGUUGUGUGGUAGAGAACAUUUUUUUUUUUCUCUUUAAGGAAAACAUGUUUAAGAUCGACAUAUAAAAUUAACUGCGCGUGUCCUCUUCAUAUCCUUCUUCUUCUUCUUCUUCUCUUAUAUGGCCACGACGACGAGUUGCUCAUUUCUUAGAUUAUAUAACGAUAUUAAAUCGAUUAUUAUACCGUCGAAGUAUAUAAAUAUAGUAGAACAUAUCUCAGGGCCAUAUAUGUAUAUAUAUAUAUAUAUAUGUGUGUGUGUAUAAUCAUGAAAAAGCGUAAGUAAAUAUUCGUUUUCUUUUUUCUUUUUUUUUUUUUUUAAUUUUUUUUCUAUUACUAAAUCUUUCAACAAAGCAUCAAAAUCUGAUAAAUAUAUGCUAUUAUCGUUUAUUUAUAUAUUUAUUAUUUAAAAUAGCCCAUUAGACAAACGAGAAUGAACAACUCGUAUUUGUAGAAUUUCUGCUUGAAAUAUACGUCAAAUAACAUUGACCCGUUAACGCUAAGAACUCAUUGGCCAAUUAUAUUAUACUAGACAAAGAUAGUCAGUGUGUCUCUUUGUCUUUUAAAGUUCCACAAUUUUAACGAUAGAACAGCAGUCCAUUCUAUACGUCGAUCAUAUUUAUUAUGAAAACACGUUCGGCGAUGUAUUAAGAUUGUGAUGAAUUAACAAAAAAAGGAAAAAAAAUAGAGAAAAAAAAUUAAUAAUCAAGAACCUUGCGUCUUGCAACAUCCUUAUCUUUCUAUAUGAAAAAAAGAAGAAGAAUAAUCUUUACUCUUUGAAUUUAUCCAUCUUCUCUGGAAAAUGUUAACCAGAAGCAAACGACGCGUUUUUGUCGUUGUAUAUCUCCUCGUUUUACGAUCGAUCAUCGAACGUUCGUUCUUUAUCGCUCGACCUCUUAAACGAGAGAUUUCGAAAAGAUAAAACCUGUACAGUUUGUUUCCGAACGUUGUAACAUAAGAAUAGAUUUGACAGAAUUAGUGGGAUUAGCGCUUUAUUCCCGGAUUAUCGGAAGUUAGAUGUAGUUGAAUAAAGAUUGUGAUGUCUCUAUAAAAUACGAAAAGAACGAAGUUAUAAGAACGCUUAUAGAUCAUCAGAAAGAGAGAGAGAGAGAGAGAGAGAGAGAGAAAGAGAGAGAGAAGAGAAACAAUUAACAAAGUCAAGCAUUUGGUCAAAUUACUAGAAAAUAACAUCGUUAGUGCGUAUGACGUUAUUAAAUUAACGAGUCCAUAGAAAAUCAAGAUAUUUUACACGUAGAUACAUCGAAUACGAACGUCACUUGGUAUUUUGAAUAAAUGGGGGAAAAUAAAAAGCAAAAAAAAAACACAUAAACAAAUGACAAAAAAAAAGACAAAAAAAAAGAAGACUGCAUGGCUAUAAAGUUUUUGUCUUUUCUUUCUCUUAAUUGGACCCAACUAAAAAACGCUGAUGAUAGAGAUUCCUUUCGACGUUUCUCGACUUUGGGAGAAAAUUGAAAUAAAGCAUUAGAUUAAAUUAUCAUGUAUAUAUAAUAAUGAUGGGUCGUCGAGGCCAUCGUCUGAAAAUAUUCAGGCUAAUGAUUUUUUCGAUUGUGUAAAAUAUUAUUCCACGAAAAGUAAGAAUCACGAUAUUGUCGCUGUCAGCUAACUAUUUAACAGAUUUAGGACGAAGAUAUAACUUAUGACAUUUGAGUUGUUGAUGCUAUACACGGAAGAUAAGUACGUAUGUAUAUCGUCGUUGCGCAAAAUUAAAUCCACAUUUUUCAUAGUUCGGUAUGCGCGACAAUGUAAGGGAAAACAAAAAAAAAAGAAAAGAAAAAAAAGAAGAUACGAAAGAACUUUUGUCCUGCAGUCUAGAGAAGUAAUCAUUUUUCGGAUAUAGUUGUAAGAUAUUUGUAAACUCUGUCCGCUACUGUCACUACGGAGAGAAGAUAUAGGAAUGAGAGUGAGCGAGAGAGGAAUAGAAUGCGUGCACAUGCGCGUAUCUGUGUGUGCGUGUUUAAAAGAGAGAGAGAGAGAGAGAGAGAGAGAGAGAGAGUGUGUGUGAAGCGAGGGAGGCAAUGAACGCAAGCCCGACUUUACGUUGUAAAUAGUAAUGUAUUAUAGUACAACGGAUGUAAGUUAUCCUCCCUUAAUCUUAAUAAAUUAUGACAAUAUAAGAAAAUGA